AUGCGUCUUCGUCGUUUCAUCCCCGAACUUCUGCUCCUGGGCUCAACUACCCAAGCUCGACCUACGGAAGAGUGCCCUGACGGUGUUUCUAUCGUCAAGGUCCAGCCUGAAGUUAUCGUUGGGCUUCAGCCUGUUAGUAUAAGUGCUGUGUUCACUAGCAAUACAGUGCUUACUAUUGAUGGGACGACGAUUCCUAUCACUGGUGCUCCUACUACCUUGGUCACUGCGUUUACUAUCACCAAGACUUCGACUAGGUACAUCACUGGUAACCCGGAACCGUACUUUACUGGUCCCUAUACGACCAUCACUAGCAACAACCCCGGAUCGAACCCCACUACGAUCACCCGACCGCCCUCUGGCAAUGAUCACACCGGAACCGUUAUCAUAGUCAACCCAUCGGGUGGCUCGGGCGGCUCUGGUGGUACACGUCCCGCCUUCACCGGACCGUAUACGACUAUUACAAACAAUGGACCUGCUGGAAGUCACCCAACCACUUUGACUCUUCCUCCCUCGGGCAAUGACCCCAGCGGAACUGUUAUCGUGGUUGUUCCCUCUGGUACUGGUACUCAGAGCAAGCCUUUCACUGGUCCAUAUACGACCAUCACGAGCGCUGGUCCAGGAUCCCAGGCUACCACUCUGACACUCCCUCCUUCUGGUACUGGUGGUGUUGGAACUGUCAUCAUUAUUGAUCCAACAUCUCCUGGAUCCAAGCCCUCUUCUACCAACACAGGUAAGUCUCCGGCAACAACUCUCACUAUUCUACCAUCUGGCACGGAUGGCACUGGCACUGUUAUCGUUAUUGGACCUACGGCAUCUUCUGGAUCUGGACAUGCUUCGUCUGGUGGCUCGGCCCAUACCACGGCUGGAGGCUCUGGAGUCCCCAACCCCAGUUCUGUUAUUUCAAAGGGCACCUUCACUGGUCCGUUCACCACUAUUACUGGUAUCAACACUGGUUCUGCUGGUACAACCGUGACACUCCCCCCAUCUGGUACUGACUCCAUCGGCACUGUUAUCGUCUUGGAGCCUAGUACAAGUGCUCAGAAGACCACCUUCACAGGCCCUUUCACUACUAUCACUGGAGUCAACACUGGUUCUGCUGGAACUACAGUCACACUUCCCCCCUCGGGCACUGAUAGUGUCGGCACGGUUAUUGUCCUUGAGCCAAGCACGACUGCCCAGAGGACGACCUUUACAGGGCCCUUCACCACAAUCACUGGCGUCAAUUCCGGCACCGCUGCUUCAACUGUUACCCUUCCCCCCUCAGGCUCGGAUCCUACCGGUACUGUCAUUGUCCUCGAGCCCAGUGUGACAUCGAAGCCAAGUACCUUCACCGGCCCCUUUACAACCAUCACUGGAGUCAACACCGGCUCAUCGGGCACGACUGUCACUCUUCCCCCUUCCGGCACAGGCUCUGUAGGUACUGUCAUCGUCCUUGAACCUAGCACGACUGGACCGCGAAGCACUUUCACUGGCCCCUUUACCACCAUCACAGGGUCCGGUCCCAUCCCAACCACCGUCACACUUCCUCCUUCAGGCGGUGACCCAAGCGGUACUGUUAUCGUGAUUGGUCCCCCUUCAAGCACAACCUUUACUGGACCAUUCACUACCAUCACCGGUGUCAACACUGGUACUGGUUCCUCAACCGUCACACUUCCGCCCUCCGGCACCGAUACAGUUGGUACUGUCAUUGUGCUGGAACCAUCCACGACCAAGACAUUUACUGGACCUUUCACUACCAUUACUGGCGUCAACACUGGCACUGGCUCCUCCACAGUAACCUUGCCUCCUUCUGGUACCGAUACUAUCGGCACAGUGAUCGUGUUAGAGCCCUCAACAACCAGGACGUUCACGGGACCUUUCACUACUAUCACCGGCGUGAACACUGGGACUGCAACUGGUGCCUCAACUGUGACUCUUCCUCCCUCUGGCACUGACUCAGUCGGAACUGUGAUUGUCCUCGAGCCCUCGACUCGCACAACCUUCACGGGUCCUUUCACGACCAUCACUGGCGUCAACACUGGCACCGGGGCUUCUACUGUUACUUUACCUCCUUCCGGUACUGACACCAUUGGUACUGUUAUCGUGCUUGAGCCUUCAACCAGCGCCAGUGCCACUGGGCCUUUCACUGGACCAUUCACCACCAUCACGGGCGUAAACACUGGAACUGCAACUGGUGCUUCUACUAUUACCCUACCUCCUUCUGGCACGGACACUAUUGGUACAGUCAUUGUAUUGGAGCCCUCUACUCGUACGACCUUUACUGGCCCCUUCACAACAAUCACGGGAGUCAAUACGGGGACUGCAACUGGCGCUUCCACUCUGACUUUGCCUCCCUCUGGUAAUGACCCUACGGGUACUGUGAUUGUUUUGGAGCCUUCUGUUUCAGCCCCAGCGAGCAGCUUCACUGGACCUUUCACAACGAUUACCGGAGUGAACACUGGCACAGCAACUGGUGCUUCUACAUUAACCCUCCCUCCUAGUGGCACAGAUACUAUCGGUACUGUUAUCGUCUUAGAGCCUUCCACUUCUGCAGUCCCAACAACCUUUACUGGCCCAUUUACCACCAUAACCGGAGUGAACACAGGCACAGCUACGGGAGCCCAGACCGUCACCUUGCCACCCGCUGGAACCGACACCAUUGGCACUGUUAUUGUGUUGGAGCCCUCAACUUCUGUUCCUCCUUUCACCGGACCGUACACUACCAUCACUGGUGUCAACACAGGUACUGCGACUGGAGCCUCGACCAUCACACUUCCGCCAUCUGGAACAGAUACAAUCGGCACAGUCAUUGUAUUAGAGCCUUCGACAUCAGCACCUGCGUCAACAUUCACUGGUCCAUUCACCACUAUAACCGGUGUCAGCCCAGGUACCGCCACAGGAGCCUCAACAGUCACUCUCCCACCGUCCGGAACCGAUACCAUUGGAACCGUCAUCGUGCUCGAGCCAUCGACAUCAGCCUCUGCUUCCUCAUUUACGGGUCCUUUCACCACGAUCACUGGUAUCAACACAGGCACAGGCACGGGGGUAUCUACCAUCACUCUGCCUCCAACAGGAACUGACACCAUCGGAACUGUCAUUGUUCUUGAACCUUCGACCUCAGCUCCUGCUUCGACUUUCACCGGUCCUUUCACUACUAUCACUGGCGUCAACACGGGUACCGCUACUGGCACCUCUACCUUGACGCUUCCACCGUCAGGCACAGAUACUAUCGGCACUGUCAUCAUCCUCGAGCCCUCAACUUCAGCACCUGGUUCUACCUUCACUGGUCCCUACACCACCAUCACAGGUAGUGGACCAAUUGGCACAAGUAUUACUCUGUCCCCAUCUGGAACAGAUCCUGUUGGUACUGUGAUCGUGAUCGAGCCCACGCCCGUUUCAACUGUAUCCCCUGGAGCCACCGGAACUAGCGAGGGCUCAGGUGUUUCAUCAACCUCUAAUGGUUCUCAAGGUCAGUCAACGUCUUCCCCCGGAAGCUCCGACUCUGGCGCUUCAAGCACUUCCAGUUCCCCCUCCCAGCAAAGUUCAGAUGUUUCUUCUUCCCAUCCCUCUACCUCUGAUUCCUUGACCGAUGCCAACUCUGGUUCUAUGAGCGGCACUUUCAGUGGCUCUAUAGUAUCUUCGACUGGAGCUUGGUCAGGUGAGAUGUCAGGUUCUGUUACUGGUAGCUCUGAGUCUGCCUUCAGUACCUAUAGUCCCGCGUCCCAAGAGAGUUCAGGUGCUUCUUCUGUAUCCUCAGUGUCGGAUACCCUGUCCAACGGUGGCACCGUUGGUACUGAGUCUUUGAGCAGUACCUUUACUGGCACCGAUGGAUCUUUGACUGCUACUGCUUCGGGAGUACCGCCAACCUCUGGCUCUCAAAGUCAAGAGACUUCUGGUGCUGGAGGCCCGGGUACUUCUGGCACGGCAUCCCAACAGAGUUCAGAAGCUUCCGGCUCCCUUACCAACGGCAAUACUGGUAGCACUGGCCUUGGCGAGUCUACUGGUUCUCCAUCGGGUACUCUGUCAACCUCUACUCUAGGAAGCUCUGAUGGAGCUUCAAGCACCUCUGGCGCCGCGUCACAGCAGAGCUCUGAUACCUCAUCAGUCCCUGCUACAGAGACUGGUGGUAACACGGUUGCCCCCGGCUCCACUGGCACCACUUCUGGAGGUUCUCAAGCAUCAUCAACUGAGAUUCCUUCUGGAGCUGUGUCCUCUGACUUCGUUUCAGAGACAUCUUCACUUGGAUCAGGUACUACAUCUGAGACUGCCACCAAUGGCAACACUGGCGGUCCUGGUUCUGGAAGUACCAGUUCUGGUGACUCUGAAGUAACCUCCACUGAGGUUCUUUCAGAAGCUUCAUCCUCUGGGACUGGCGCGGAGACCACUUCAGCUGUAUCCGGUGCAUCUUCAGAUACCUUGACCAAUGGCAACACUGGCGGCUCUGAGUCUACCGACACCUCAGUUGGCUCUGGCGUGUCUUCAACGGGACUUCCCACUGUCUCCACAUCUGGCACUGGCGCAGGAACAUCCUCAGACGGAUCGGGUGCUUCUUCAACUCUAGGGUCGGAGACUAGUGGUAAUACUGGCUCCGAAUCUGCAAGCACUACGCCUGGUGCUUUCGAAGAGUCAUCUACUGGACUUCCUUCAGGAGCUUCAUCCUCGCAGUCCGGCUCAGAGACAUCACCAAUUGCAUCAGGAUCUUCUUCAGAUACCGCAACCAAUGCUAACACCGGCGCGUCAGGCUCUGCAACCACCACUUCUGGUGGCUUUGAAGUAUCCUCCACUGAAGUUCCCUCGGUUUCGUCCUCUGGCUCUGGUGCCGAGUCUUCUGGAGUCGAGACUUCUGGAGCUGGAUCAGACACCUCGAUUUCCCCGUCAGAGACUAGUGGUAACACUGGCGCCUCUGACACCACUGGGCCUGUCACCGCAAGUAGCACCUUCGCAGCUUCUGAAGGGUCAUCAACAGGAGUUCCAACUGAAACUGUAUCAUCUAGCUCUGGCGCUGAGACUUCUGGGGCUGGAUCAGGUACUUCUUUGGCUUCAUCGGAGACAGGUGGCAACACUGGUGCCUCUGGCACUACAAGCAGCACCUCAGGUGCCUCUGAAGGAUCCACGACCGGAGUUCCCACUGGUCAGAUAUCAUCUAGUCCUGGUACUGAGACAUCUGGAACCAAUUCGGGCGCUUCUUCCGCUUCAGUUACAGAGACUGACAACACUGGUGCCCCUACUGCGACAAGCACUAACGGCUCUGAAGAAUCUUCAACCGGUCUUCCCUCUGGUGCUACAUCCUCUGACACCGGCUCUGAGACCUCCACAACAGGAUUGGGUCCUUCUUCAACCGCUGGAGAAGAGUCAAGUACUGGUGCCCCGGCUGGUACGUCUGAUGGCUCUGAAGGCUCUUCGACAGGAAUCCCCACUGGCGCUACUUCAUCUGGUACUGGCUUAGAGACCUCAGGUGCUUCCUCGACAAUUGCUGAGGAGUCAAGCACUGGUGCCCCUGCCUCUACCGCCAGUGCCUCUAGUGGUUCCGAAGGAUCUUCAACUGAAGCCCCAUCUGGUACUACAUCAUCUGACUCCGGUUCAGAGACCACCCCCGCGGGAUCGGUUGCUUCUUCUUCGACUACCAGUGCAUCCGAAGGAUCUGAAGGAUCUUCGACUGGAGUUCCCUCCGGAUCCGAGGCCUCGUCUGGAAGCUCUGGUACCUCUGAGCCUGCUGGUGCCACUUCAUCUUCUGGACAAGGUGCAUCGUCUUCAGCUUCGGCUCCAGAGACUGACAGCACUGGUGUUCCUGUCUCUAUUAGCGGUACCUCUAUUGGUUCAGAAGGUUCUUCUACUGAACUUGCAACUGAGUCUUCACCUAGCUCUGGUGUAGAGACCACUUCGACUGGAUCAGGAGCUUCAACUGGCUCUGGCUCAGAGACCACCGCAGCUGGAGUAUCCACUGAACCUAUUUUCACCUCAUCAGGAUUCAUUACACGAGUUUCUAGUUCAUCGUCGUCUUCCGAAGAGAUCACUGACAUUUCAUCAGGCCCUGAUACCUCUACUGGUUCUAGUUCUCCUGCCACCGGCGCUUCUUCAACCUCUGACUCAGGUGCCGCUACUACCUCAUCGGAAACUGGAGCAGAGACUUCGAGCUCCGCUGGAGAGCCUUCAGACACUUCAUCAGGAUCUGGUGGCUCUUCCACUUCAGGUACUCCCUCCGAGAGCUCCAACACCUCCGCCAACCCAGGAGAGUCUUCUUCUGCUGCUGGAGAGUCUUCUGGUAUCCCUGCAGAGACUUCUUCCGGUCCUGGCUCUGAGACCACCGGUGCUUCGUCCUCUGGCGCAGGUGCCUCCACCUCAUCAGGACCUGAGUCUUCUUCUACCUCUGGUGUUCCUUCUGAGAGCUCCAAUACAUCUGCCCCCCCUGCUGAGUCUUCGUCUGAUGCUGGUGAGUCUUCCGGUACCUCAGGCGUUCCCUCAGAGACCUCUUCAGACUCUGGCUCUGAGAGUGCAUCAGCGUCCGCCACUUCUGCAGCCAGUGGAGAGUCUUCGGCGGUUUCUUCAUCUGGGCCUGAGUCAACUUCCGGUGGAUCUUCUGCUACAACCGAUGCUGGCUCGGACACUUCGAGCACUGCAGCUACCGCUGGUGAAUCCUCUGGAGCUUCAUCUGCUUCUCCUGAGUCCUCUUCUGCCGCUUCGUCGAUUCCCACUGAGACGCCUGGCACUUCUACGGGCGCUGAAGAGUCCUCUGCUGCCACAUCGGGUACUGCUUCUGAGACUUCCAGUGGCUCUGCCGUGAACACUUCAUCUGACAGUGGCGCCUCUUCUGAGCCUGCUACCUCCAGUUCCCCUGAGACUUCCUCGGGUCCCGCUGCCAGCUCGGGCGCUUCUAGUGAUUCUUCCGCUGCUCCCACGUCUGCAGCAUCUGAGGAGUCUUCUGCUACUUCGAAUGGUUCUUCCGAGACUUCCAGUGGUGAUAGCGCCAACAGCUCUUCAGAUGUUGGUGCCUCAUCAACCUCCGGCGCUGGAGCCACUACAUCGGAUGCUGCUGAGUCUUCGGUCACUUCUAAUACCCCUGCGGAGACUUCCAGUGACGUUGGUGUAAACACUUCAUCUGAUGGCGGUGCCUCUUCCGGUCCCGCUACCUCUGACGUUCCCGAGACUUCCUCAGGUGCCGCGACCAGUGACUCUCCCGCCAGCUCUGCUUCUGCACCAUCUGGUGGAUCCUCUGCUACAUCGGAUGUCCCAGCCCAAACCUCUAGUGAUGCUGGCGCUAGCAGCUCCUCAGACACCGGUGUCUCGUCUACCGCUGAGGCUGAAACCUCAUCUGCACCGGCCGGCGAGUCUUCACAGGCUACAUCGGAUGCCCCUGCUGAGACUUCCAGUGAUGGUGGUGCCAAUAGCUCUUCAGAUGCCGGCGCUUCGUCUACCUCUGAUGCUUCACCAACUUCGUCAGCCGGCUCUGAGUCCUCAUCUGCUCCAGUUGAAGAGUCUUCGUCUACAGCUGAUGUACCCGCGGAGACCUCAAGCGACGCCGGCUCAUCUGCUGCUGCAACAUCCUCCGAUGUACCUGAGUCAUCCUCAUCCGGUAGUGAGCCUACCAGCACUUCCGAUGGCUCCGGCGCCACUUCUUCUCCCGCAACAUCGAGCACCCCCGAGACCUCUUCCGAUGUCCCCGCAGAGACAUCCAGCGACGCUGGUGUCAACAGCUCCUCUGGUUCUGCCCCUACCACCUCUUCUGAUGCGGCCGAGACUUCUUCGGCUGGUACCGAACCGACCAGCAGCUCUGAUACUGCCGCUAGUACCACUUCAUCACCCGCUGAGGAGUCGUCAUCACCAGCUACCUCAGAUGCCCCCGUGACCUCUUCUGACGCUCCCGUUGAGACUUCUAGUGAUGUUCCAGCCAGCUCCGAAGAGGCUGAGACUUCAUCUGCCCCAGCCACGUCCUCUGACGCUGAGACGACUUCUGCCGGCACUGAGCCUACCAGCAGCGCAGCCGAUACCUCAUCAACCGCUGCCGCGACAUCUACUCCCGAGUCCUCUUCCGCUGCUCCUGAGACCAGCGCUGAGCCCACCUCAUCUGCUGCAGAGACGUCUGCUGAGCCUGCUACAACCGAAGCUCCAACCUCCGCAAGCCCAACCAGUCCUGAGGCUCAGACAUCCUCCUCUGCAACUGAGUGUAUCCCCUCACCAAACGUUUCGGGUACUUGUACCGUGGCUCUCCCCGCUGCCUGUGCACAACUCGAGACUACCAACGGUCUAGCUCUAAUCCCCGUCCUCGCUCUCUGCACCACUGCCCUCGGGCCCUAUGCCGUUGGUAACGUUGCCUCCUGUCUCGCAACCACCCCCAUCGUUGGCUCUUCUGGUUUGAGUAUCUUCAACUGUGUCGUUGAUGCCUUGGAAGAGCGUUGCAUCACAACUCUUCCCGACGCUUGUACAGAUCUGGCAAAUGCCAAUGGCCUUGAGCUUGUCGCCGAUGUUGCCGUUUGCGCUGUUGCUCUCGGUCCCUUUGCCGCUGGAAGUGCUGCGACAUGUCUGUCCACUGGCGACAUCACUGGCUCUACAACAGGUACAAGCAUCGUUGAGUGUCUUGAGAUUGCUUUUGGCCUUGCGUCCGGGUCAGGUACCGUUACUGGCAUCCCAUACUGCGCUGAGUCGACGACUACGCCAACGCCAACGCCUACGCCAACCCCUCAGCCGGCCUGCUUCACACUUCCCGAUGCCUGUGAGUCCAUUGGAAGUUUGACUGGUUCCGUCGCUAUCGGUGUAGCCGCUCCUGCGUGUAGAACAGCACUCGGCGCUUACAACACAGGUACCGUGGCGUCUUGUACCACCUCGGGUAUCGGUCUCUUCACGUCUGGCUCAGUUGUCGUUAAUUGUCUUAACAAUGCCCUCUCUGGGGUGUGUAUCUCAACACUCCCAGCGGCUUGUUCCAGCUUGGCUGGGCAGAAUGCCGUUCAGCUUGCCUUGAACCUUGGUGCCUGCGACACUGCUCUUGGUCCUUUCGGAGAGGGAGCGGCGGAAGAUUGCUUGAGCGUUCUUCAGGGCAGCGGCGACGCUGUUGUGAGCUGUCUCAACAAUGCACUUUUCUUUCCCACUACGGCUAGCUUGGCUAGAUAA